ACUACAUAACCAAGGUUUUGUGUUCUGUAAAGCUUUGAGGAGGCUGCCUGGAAGCUCUGUGGACUGCACAUGAUGAUCAGUGAACUCAGUGAGAUUAGUUUCUUACCAUCCUGAUGUUUUCUUUCUCAUUUAAGAGACUCUUACUAAUUGGUCUCGUAUCACUGCUGAGUGACGGCGAGGUGGAUGCAGGUGCUCAGUAUUCCUGGAAGGCAGAUUGGAUCAGUAGGUAGCUUUGGUGGUAGCAAACAUCACCUCAACUUAGAUCCCCCAAGCAGGGAGGAGUUUGGAGGCCUGGGCUUGUCGUGGUCACUCCUGCUGGGAACGUGCUGAGGUAUUAUUAAAGGUCUGUGAGCCAGUUAGGAGUGUGCUAAAACCACGCUCAGGCUCGGCUAGAACUGAGGCAAGGCUCAAGAUAAAAGUAACAAGUGUCUGAGUGGAUGAUACUUGAAAGAUACAAUUGCCUCAAAUAUUUAAAUUGUGCCUUAGCUGGGAAAAGAACUUUUAUUUCUGUGCCAGCACAACUGGGGAUCUUGCUCCUUUCUGCUCUAAAAAACUCCUGUCCAGAGCUGCCUUUUUGGGCUUCUUGACAUUCACAAUUUCCUUUUGUCACCCACCCCCGAGGGCAGCUGUUCAUGGGGUGAAUCCUGCCAUUAUCCUUCCUCUCUGCAGCCUUGUUUUCCUUCCAAGCCAGAGGAAAACCCCUCAGAGCUGAGCAAACCAUGGCACGCUGUUAGGGCUGUUCUCUGCAAGCACUGCCAGCUUCCCUCUCUGCUGAUUGCACUCAGCAGCUCUUUCUCCCCAGGCUGCAGCUAAAAAAGGAUUUGUGAGGUUUGUAGGAGAACCAGAUCAAUCCACAAAAUAAAUCCCUCAAUGAAAAUCCAUCCCCAAAAUCCCUAAACCAAACCCAGGUGGAGACAAGGCCUGCCCGAGUAGCAGGACAGAAGGGCUCGGUGUGGAUAAACACUGGGGAUGGUGCAAACACUUCUUGUGGAGUGUUUUAGGCCUUGAAAGAGGAUCACAGAUGCCUCAUGGAUGUCCCUCUGAAAUAAGCAGGUGGCUCUCCAGAUGCUGGUUAAUAACUCAAUGACCCAUAUCUUCCAGAUAAUCGUUAUGUACCUUCAGGUAUUAGAAUGUGAACGUAACCAACACCUGGUCCAGACCUCAUGGGUAGCCUCUGAGGGUAAGUGACUAAGACUUCUCCUCUGCUGCCCAUGGUGCAGGGAUAGCUGCCGUCUUCAGUCAACCCAAAGCUCUCCAAAGAGAAGGCUGGCUCUAGACAGGAACUACAUGAACGACAGCCUGAGAACAGAUGUCUUUGUGAGGUUCCAGCCAGAAAGCAUUGCCUGUGCCUGCAUUUACCUGGCAGCCAGGACACUGGAGAUCCCUCUUCCAAAUCGCCCACAUUGGUUUUUACUGUUUGGAGCAACCGAGGAAGAAAUUCAAGAAAUCUGCUUAAAAAUCUUGCAGCUCUACACGAGGAAAAAGGUGGAUUUAUCUGAUCUGGAAAGUAAAAUAGAAAAGAAGAAAUUGGCUAUUGAAGAGGCAAAAGCACAAGCUAAAGGUCUGGUACCUGAGGGAGUUCCAAGCUUGGAUAACACAUCGGGAUUUUCCCCCAUCCCAAAAAAUGAGUCUCCAAAAGAGGUGAAAGGAAAUAAACCCUCACCCCUACCUGUGCAGGCCAUGAAGAAUGCUAAAAGGAAAACAGAGGCAGCCAAGAGACCCAGCUCCAACAGCCCAGUAAAUGGUGUCCAGAAAGGAAGAGAGAGCAGGAGUCGAAGUGGAAGCAGAGAUCAGAGUUACUCCAGGUCCCCAUCGAGGUCUGCAUCCCCCAAGCACAGGAAGAGCGAGAGCUACUCCACGUCCAGCGGCUCCAAGUCGCAGAGCCGCUCGCGGAGCCGCAGCGAUUCCCCUCCCCGGCAGUUCAACCACGGCUCCGCCUACAAGGGCUCCAAGGGCCGCGCCUACAAGAAAUCCAAGGAGUGCAGCAAGUACCAGGGGGGGCCCAAGGCCCGCAGGUCCCGCUCGCGCAGCUCCUCCCGCUCGCGCAGCCGCUCCCGCGAGCGCCCCGAGCACAAGUACAAGAAGAAGAGCCACUACUACCGCAACCACCGGCACGAGCGCUCGCGCUCCUACGAGCGCGCCGGGCACCGCUACGACAGGGACAGGGACAGGGACAGGGACAGGGAGCACCCCGGGCACAGCCGGCACCGCCGGUGAGAGGCCCUGCUCCCCGGGGGUCCUGCUGGGGCUGCUGGGGCUGCUCCCCGGGGGGUUCCUGCCCAGGGCUGCUCCUCGGGGCAUCCCUGCUGGGGCUGCUCCUCGGGGGGUUCCUGCCCAGGGCUGCUCCCCGGGGGGUUCCAGCUGGGGCUGCUCCCCGGGGGGUUCCAGCUGGGGCUGAUUCCUGAGGGGUUCCUGCUGGGGCUGCUCCCUGAGGGGUUCCUGCUGGGGCUGCUCCUCAGGGGGUUCCUGCUGGGGCUGCUCCCUGAGGGGUUCCUGCUGGGGCUGCUCCUCAGGGGGUUCCUGCCCAGGGCUGCUCCUCAGGGGGUUCCUGCUGGGGCUGAUUCCUGAGGGGAUUUCUGCCCAGGGCUGCUCCUCGGGGGAUCCCUGCUGGGGCUGAUUCCUAAAGGAAUUCCUUCCCGGGGCUGCUCCCCGGGGGAUCCCUGCUGGGGCUGAUUCCUAAAGGAAUUCCUUCCUGGGGCUGCUCCCCGGGGGAUCCCUGCUGGGGCUGAUUCCUAAAGGAAUUCCUGCCCAGGGCUGCUCCCUGGUGAUCCCUGCUGGGGCUGCUCCUCAGGGGGUUCCUGCUGGGGCCUGCUGGGGCUGCUCCUCGGGGGGUUCCAGCUGGGGCUGAUUCCUGAGGGAAUUCCUGCUGGGGCUGCUCCUCGGGGGGUUCCAGCUGGGGCUGCUCCUGGUGAGCCCUGCUGGGGCUAAUUCCUAAAGGAAUUCCUGCCCAGGGCUGCUCCCUAGUGAGCCCUGCUGGGGCUGCUCCUCGGGGGGUUCCUGCUGGGGCUGAUUCCUAAAGGAAUUCCUGCUGGGGCUGCUCUUCGGGGGGGGUUCCUGCUGGGGCUGAUUCCUGAGGGGAUUCCUUCCCGGGGCUGCUCCCCGGGGGAUUCCUUCUGGGGCUGCUCCUGGUGAGCCCCUCUGGGGCUGCUCCUUGGGGGGUUCCUGCUGGGGCUGCUCCCUGAGAGGAUUCCUGCUGGGGCUGCUCCUGGUGAGCCCUGCCGGGGCUGCUUCCCAAGGAGAUUCCUGCCCAGGGCUGCUCCCAGGAGGUUCCUGCUGGUGACCCCCAGGGCUGCUCCUGGGGGGAUUCCUGCUGGGACUAAUUCCUGAGGGAAUUCCUGCCCAGGGUUGCUCCCAGGGGAAUUCCUGCUGGUGAGCCCUGCUGGGGCUGCUUCCCGUGGAGAAUUCCUGCUGGUGAGCCCUGCUGGGGCUGCUCCCAGGGGUAUUCCUGCUGGUGAGCCCUGCUGGGGCUGCUUCCCGUGGAGAAUUCCUGCUGGUGAGCCCACUGAGCUGCUUCCAUGGGAAAUUCCUGCUGGAAGCCCCAGGGCUGCUUCCUGAGGGAAUUCCCUCUGGAGAGCUGGGGUGCUUCCUGAGGGAAUUCCCUCUGGAGAGCUGGGGUGCUUCCUGAGGGAAUUCCCUCUGGAGAGCUGGGGUGCUUCCUGAGGGAAUUCCCUCUGGAACCCCAGGCCCAGAGCUGGGGACUGCUUCCCCAGGGAAUGCCCACCAGGGCUGCUUUCUGAGGGAUUUCCCUCCAGCACCCCAGUUGUUGGGAAUUCCCUCAGGAAUUCCCUCUGGCACCACUGGUGAGCCAGGGCUGAUUCCCUCUGCCAGCAGAGCUCGUUCCCCGUGGCUUGUGCAGGGUUCAUCUGGCUGCUGAGCCAGCCCUGGCCUGAGGCAGCAGUUUGUGCCCAUCCCUGGACCCUCAGGAGAGACUGGCAGGCUGGGAGGUGCUGUCAGGAGCGCCCCGGGCCGGGGUGUCACUGUCCCCCUCCCUUGGGAGCGCCCGUCCUGCUCCUCAGGGUUUCCAUCCCCACUGCAGUGCUGGGCACUUGCAGCCCCUCCUUGGGUGCUGUGCCCAGCAGCUCUUCCCUGUGGGGCUGGAGAGCUGCUCAGCCCCCCAGGAGUGGUUUGGUGCUAACAAUGCCCUCUUCUCAUGCUGGCCUGGUGAUGUUGUACAGGUGGGAGGUGACUUUUUUUAGCCCUGUUGCCUAUAUUAGGUUCUCUGUGUAAAUAUAUUUUGCAGUGUUACAGUACAGUAUGGGAAAAUGGCCUUCCUAGCCUUUACACUUUACCCACAAUGUAAAUAAGCAUUUGUUUAAUACAGGUAAAGAUAUAUACAGAAAAUUCAAAACUUGAAUUCUAUCAGAAAAAAAAAAAAGAAAAAAGAAAAAAAAAAGACUUGUGUAGAAAAUUCUGAUAAAUGUGAAAGUAUUUAGCUCUGUGCAUUGAGAGUAGUAUAUUUUUAUCUGUGCAAUGCUGUGUGCAGGCCACCAGCUCAGAAGACAUUUCCUAUAUAUCCAUUUGAGGUGGUUGAAAGUUCUUGACUCAGGAUCUUUGACACUGAAGAAUUGGUAGUUUGUCAGUCUGCAUGCUUGAUGAACAGAGCAAUUAACCCCCAAUUAGCAGAGCCCACAGCCCAGCAGUAUCAGUUCUAGUGGUAUAUCUGAGCUGUUACUCUCAUGCUCCCUAAUUUCAUUAAAGUAUUUGAUUUUCUAUUACA